UAAAAUAAAAAUUAAAGGACAUGUUUUCUACAACAUCAAUUGCGUUUUUUAUAAAUUUAAAUGAAGGAUAUAAUGAGACUCGCAUAGAGGCUAUCGAAAGAAGAAAUUUAAGAGAUGCUUCGAAUCCUCUGGAAAUGAAUUCUAUAUUUUUUCAGAGGAAUUUUCGACUUUCCAAAGAAGCAGUUAUUUAUAUCCUGAAUGAAGUAGAAAACAAAUUGCGUGUACGGAAAAAUAAGUCAUCCAUACCAAAUAUAAUAAAGGUAUGCGCAACUCUAAGAUUUCUAGCCCAGGGAUCAUACCAACAGAGUGUUGGUAAUGAGGCGUUACUUGGCUUAGCCCAACCUACUGUUUCCAUUGUAUUGAAAGAAACAUUGAGUGCUUUGCAAACCACUCUAUGUAGUAAGUGGAUUAGCUCCAAGUAUACUGAGGAAGAAAAGAGAAGAGCAAAAUCUAGCUUCUUUGCAUCAAGUGGUAUUCCCGGAGUAAUUGGAUGCAUUGACGGGACCCACAUUAAGAUUGUGGCACCAGAAAAAAGUUUGCAGCAUUUGUAUUACUGUCGAAAGGGGUAUUUUAGCAUAAAUGCAAUGCUAACCUGUGAUGAUUUAAUGAACACAAAAUACAUCAAUGCCAAGCACCCCGGCGCUACACACGACUCCAUGGUUUUUCAAAUGUCGGGAUUAAAGAGACAAUUGGAGUCAAUGUAUAACCGUGGUGAAUCUAACACCUGGUUAUUAGGUGACGCUGGAUAUGCCUUAGCGCCUUAUUUGCUAACACCUUACAGGAAUCCUGAAGAAGGUUCAGUAGAAAGUUUAUAUAACUCGCGGCACUCUAAAGCAAGGAAUAUUAUUGAAAGGACGAUUGGGGUUUUAAAGAGUCGGUUUCGCUGUUUGCUAAGUGCUCGCGCACUUCACUACACUCCUGAAAAAGCCACUUUGAUCAUAAAUGUUUGUGCAGCUUUACAUAAUAUUUGCAAUCAUUACAAUGUACCAUACGACGAAGAGGAUAUUGCAGAUGUGCAAAAUGAGAAUUCGGAAAUUGCAAUAGAAACUUCUGAAAAUGACUCUACUCCUAUGCGACAAGCUGCAGAAGAAAUCAGAAGAAAUGUACUGUCUUGUUUGCAUUGAUUUUUACUAUAUUUCUUUAGGUUUUUAUCAAAAAAUAAUAAAGCUUCUUGCUUCAGGUACAAACUCAAAUCCAUUGUUUUUUAAAUAU